UCAUGUCCGCGCUGUGUUUGUUGGUGUGUUCGCUGGCCGUGUUUCAGCUCGUCGCCCGGGCUCAGUACGCCCCUGAUGAGGUGACCCACCUGCCGGGUAUGUCGUUCAAACCGAACUAUCGACAGUGGUCGGGACACCUGCAGGCACGGCCCGGAAAGUUUCUCCACUAUUGGUUUGUGACCUCUCAGGGGGACCCAGUCAAAGACCCUCUGGUGCUCUGGCUGAAUGGAGGCCCAGGCUGCAGCUCUCUGGAUGGAUUCCUGUCAGAGAAUGGACCAUUUCAUGUACAUGAUAACGGGGCCACGCUGUAUGAGAACACAUUCAGCUGGAACAAGAUUGCCAAUGUGCUGUAUCUAGAAUCUCCUGCUGGAGUAGGAUAUUCCUACUCUGAUGACAAAAAGUAUGCCACCGAUGAUGACCAGGUUGCUGAUGAUAAUUACAAAGCUCUGCAGAGUUUCUUUACCAAGUUCCCAAAUUUCAUCAAAAAUGAGUUCUUCAUCUUUGGGGAAAGUUACGGUGGGAUUUAUGCACCGACCCUCAGCCUGCGUGUGGUUACUGGAGCUGCCAAAAUCAACUUCAAGGGCUUCUCCGUGGGAAAUGGUCUCAGCAGCUUUGCGCUCAAUGACCAAUCUUUGAUCUACUUUGGUUACUACCACGGCCUCUUUGGAGAAGCUUUGUGGCGAGAUCUGAACAUAAACUGCUGUGACAAGGGGAUGUGUAAUUUCUACAACUCCAGCUCAGAGCAGUGCAGUACGCUGGUGAAUGUGGCCUUUGGUAUUGUGUAUAAUAGCGGACUUAACGAGUAUGCCCUUUACUUGGAUUGCGAGGGUGGCAGAAGAUCCCACAGCGGCUACGAGAGGACCAUCAGUCACCUGUUUAAGAACUAUAGGAAACAUCAACACACCCACAAGUUUUCAGUUGGAGUGUCUCCCUUCGUGUCUCUGGGUGAUGUCCCUCCCUGCAUCAACAGUACGGCUCAGAUGAACUGGCUGAAUAGAGGCGACGUGAGGAAAGCUUUGCACAUUCCAGAUACACUGCCACCGUGGGACAUCUGCAGUGAUGACGUUGGGGAGCAAUACCACAACCUGUACCCAACAGUGAAGGAGGUCUAUCUGAAACUGCUCUCUCUGGGCCUGAGGGCGCUCGUCUACAACGGAGACACCGACAUGGCCUGCAACUUCCUGGGAGACCAGUGGUUUGUGGAAGACCUUGGCCUGAAGGCAACCACUAAGUACCAGACCUGGCUUCAUGAUCACCAGAUUGCUGGUUUCUACCAGCAGUAUGGAAACAUCACUUUCCUGACAGUCAAGGGUGCAGGUCACAUGGUUCCUCAGUGGGCUCCGGGUCAAGCCUUCCACAUGUUCCAGUCUUUCAUCACAAAUGGCUCCUACUGAGCCAUGAUGGAGACUGCUGCAUGUAAUAUACCUGCACUCACUUGUUAAUGUAGCGUAUUUUUCUCAGGGAAGAGGAUUUGAGGGAAAGGGACUGUAAGGGCACUUAUUUAACGUUCAUACCUGCAGUACCUUGAGUAUUUGGAGAGACAUAUUUGUUGGCUUUGCUCUUCACCACAUUGGAUAUGAAAUUAAACUGUUCAAGUGCAAUCUUUGAGGAAUUGACACCCUUUUUAGAUAGUCUCCAUUUUCGAGGACCACAAAUGUGAAUAAAAUCACAUUUUAUUGUUUGGGGGUUUUGUGCCUUAACUCUGGUUUCAGCAUGUAAAAAGCACCUGAUUGAUGUUAUUUGGGCUGUUAACAUUCUAGUUAGCCUUAAACUCCUUGGUGGCCUUGUCUUAAGAUUCUUUAACUGCAUUGUCCUGAAACUUAAGAACCACUUGUACAAGUCCUUGUACUUGUAAAACCCUGCACAAAGUCAGUGCUUGACCCGUUUCCUUUCAUAUCUGACAAAACAGAAAUUGUCGUGGUCCAAAUACUUGGACUGCACUUGAUCAAAUUAAACUAUUUUCUGUGGCACUGAUGUAAAGCUCAAUCCUGGUGUUUUUAAUUGAUAUUUUCAGCAGAAUGUGCGAGUAAUAAAAGCUGAUUGUUCUGAACUUGAAUGGAAAAACUGUCUCAAUCGUAACUUUACUUGUAUUUGUGUCUUUAUUAAAUGAUUUGAACUGCCAAUGACACAUGGAUUGUCAGAUAAAUUCACAUG